GUUCCGCAGGCUGCCAUGGAGAUCCCCAGGACCUUCCUGCUCGGCCUCCUCGGAAUCGGGCUCUACCUGACAGGCUCCCAAGCCCUGCAGUGCUACAGCUUCGAGCACACCUACUUCGGACCCUUCGACCUCAGUGCCAUGACAUUCCCCAGUGUCUCCUGUCCUCAGGGGUGCUCUGAGGCGAUGGUGUUGCUGGAUACUGGGUACCGCUCCCUGGUGACAAUCGUCCGGAAGGGAUGCUGGACCGGCCCCACCACUGGCCCGAUGCAGUCCAACCAGGAUGCGCUGCCGCCCGACUACGCGGUGGUCCGUGGCUGUGCAACGGACUUCUGCAACACCCAACUUAAAAACCACGAUACCCUCCCCAACCUGAGUCAAGCACCUGACCCACCGACGCUCAGUGGCACCGAGUGCUAUGCCUGUUUGGGGACCCGCCCCGAAGACUGUUCCCCUGAGAGGUCCCGACGGGUCCAGUGCCACCAGGACCAGAGCGUCUGUUUCCAGGGCAAUGGCCGGAUGAACAUUGGCAACUUCUCGGUGCCCGUGUACAUCCGAACCUGCCACCGGCCCUCCUGCACCACCAUGGGCACCACCAGCCCCUGGACAUCCAUCGAUCUGCAGGGCUACUGCUGCGAGGGCCACCUCUGCAACAGGGACUCGGUGACACAGGCCAUCCCUGGCGUCGCGUCCCCAGCCCCUCCCCGGGCUCCCAGAAUCCUGAUCUUGCUGUUUGUUGCUCCACUACUGGCCAUUGCCCUGGGGGGUCCCUUGGAGUCCCCGCAUAGAAAGCGCCUCCAGAAUCGCUUUACUUCUCACCACUCCAGCCCCUAGUGUGGGUUCCCUUAAAAAUGACAUCAAAAAAAGAACCUCACUCCUCCUCCUCUCCAGUCACAGCCUUCCAACCCUCUAUCCAUCCUUCCUUACUGCCACUGCCCCCACCUCCUGAAGUCCCAUUUAUCUGGGCGCUAAUCAAAGCAUUGAGUGAGGCCCCUCAAAA